CCAGCGCCAGGUCAACAACCCCGGCUCGUCCAGUCUGUUUUCGUUUUUGAGACGGUGUCGGUGUGUUGUGGUACAAAUCGAUGUCUGCUUGCCCCAAUCGGUGUUCGGUCUUGACGAUUCCGCAUCAACUACUACAGCAGUGCGGGAGAUCAUAGCUUAGAAAAUUUUAAAACAUACAUACAUGAUAGAUGAGUAAAUAGCACGGAUACAGAGUCUGUCACGCUCGGAUUCACAUUUGGUUUUGGAAGAUCCAAAUGAUGCAUCCAUUAGAUUACGGUCUUAACCGAAAAUAAAUGCAAGAAUUAGGAUGCACAUGCAUCUCUCUGAUGAUUAACCUUAAUUUUCUGUGGAAAUCGAAAAAGCUAAUAAAUAGUCGCUACCUCCAGCUCCACCCGUCAAAUCAUAUCAACAGUGCCUAUGCUAGGAACUCGUUAUUUUGUGCUAGCUUUGUAGUUGUAGGGUUUUCAGGGUCUAUAUGGGUUUAGGAAAUAAAUCGAAGUCGAGAAGCACGAGCUGAGCAUUUCCUCUUGUUACAUUCAUUUUUCCAACUUCUCUCUUCGCUUUGGAACACGCCCCACAGAAGCGAAAGAAACUAUGGCGCCGAACAGCGACGUUCUGGAGGACCUCACCAUGGUGAUGUCGGCGUACCCGGUUCACUUCAUGGCAUACGAGGGCGGUCUGUGCCAGGACAAGUGGAAUACGGGGAGCAAAACCGUGAUGCGGGUCGGCAACGGCCCGCGCAGCUCGGAGGUGGUGGACGAGAUGAAGAAGGACAAGGACGUGUACACCGCCAGCACCGGGUUCAAGUUUACCAGCCUGGCGCUGGAGAAGAUCAAGAAGCUGAUCAACGCGUCGCCCUUCGUCUCGAACGAGGACAAGCAGUUCUACACGGAGACCGGCCGCAUGCGCGAAUGGUACAAGGAAAUGUGCAUUCCGCCGGGGUCGCAGUGGGUCAUCAAGGAGAUCAACGUGCCGCGGAACGCCGCCGGGGGGCACAACGCGCUGGCGCGCGUGGUGACGCCGCUGGACCAGGAGGUGGUCUUCCAGUCGCGUGCGGUUGGGUCCGGCAUCACGGAAAACGUGAUGUACCGGAAGGUGAAGGUGGUGAAGAAGAUUCCCAUGAGCGUGCUCUUCCCGAACGGAAACGCGAAGGGGGACUUUCACUGUCUGUCCACCACGAAAACGAUUCUGAAUCCGGCGGCCCGCCGUCGUGUCAACAACGCGGCUGACCGCGAUGAGCCGGAGGUGAUUUACGCUGCGAAGAUGGGUUUCAUCCGUAUCGAAGUGAUGUGUAAUUGGGGCGGUCGUUGGUGAUGUCUCUACUUGUUUUCAUUUUUUUUGUAGCCGAUUUCCGCCCGGCAGAUAGAGAUAUUUUUAUGCGUGCGCGAUAGUAUCGGCACUGAGAAUGCGCCUUCUUGUACUACCCGCAACCUGCUAGGUGGGUUGCGUCGAUUUCUCAUGUAUCACUACAAAAAGAAAAAGUGUAAAAGAAUGAUAUUCGGCCGAUUUUGUGUAUGAUUGAGAUUGUGAGACAUGAAACACGACGACCGCCCGUGAGCAUCCUUCCAUACCCAACCACCGCCGCUAUCACGUGAAGAAGCCGAUGAACAAGACGGUGAUGAAGUCUUCUAUGAAGAAGAACUAAGCGGCUCCUCGUGUCGCUUUCAUCAAGGGCGCCAUGGAAUUUUCAGGUGCUUGAUUUUUUCGCUUUCCCAUCAGGGAGAAAAAGGUAAGUCGAGAGCGGGAUUACAAAAUAAAAAGAAAACAUGAUGAACACGCUCAGCCUUCAACUUUUUUUUACAAAUAAAAAACACAACUUUAAGAAGUAACAGCACCGUGUAAGACUGAGCUUACUGAUAGAUCGCACUAUAACAUGUCAAUGUUUCCGAUUCCGUUUCUGCAAGAAAGCUAUGAAAUUGUACGAUUGAGCAGAAGACCAUGAUACGUCAACACCGUUUAUCCAAUUUUUUACGAAGAUCGUCUCAGAUAUCCCAAAUUGAUCGAUGUGUCACCUCCAAGAGAACCGCGGAACCACUGGCGCACGAUUUGUGGUGGGAGGGCUGGUUUAGGGUUUUUGUUUAGGGUUCCAGGGUUAGGGUUCGAGAUUAUUGCCGAGCGCUUGAAAACGAACACAAAAGCUGCAGUGGGUGCGAUGUGCGCGCAUGCAUGCAUAUUAUGCGACGCGCGCAAGAAAAAAGGCAGCAGCAGACGCAGACGCAUGCGGUAAAUCAUAUACAUGACCCGAAUGGAAGGAUAAU